CGCGCGCGCUCAUGAUCUGAUGACGUGGUGCUGCCGUUCGCUCAGCUGCGUGAGAGGAUGGCGGACCAGAACAGGCAAACCAAACUCGCUGCAGCCAAGAAAAGGCUGAAGGAGUUUCAGCAGAAGACUACACCAUCUACAGGAAGUGCUGGACCAAAGAAGAAGAGGAAGGUCAAAGGAGAAGGUCAGCCCAACACACCUGCUGACAGACUCUCGCCAGACAAUGAUCAUGUGGAUGUGAUGAACCGGGUCUCUCCGGAUCUGGAGGAGACCAGCGCUGAACACGAGCGAGACUCGGCUGUGUGUAACCUCGCAUCUGCUAUUAACUCCGAGUGUGUCACUCAUAACGCUGUCCUGCAGCAGAACUCUACAGCAGAUUCAAAUGGUGAUCAGCAUCAUGUGGAAGAAAACAGCAGGACGCUGUCGUCUACAGAGAGUUUGAGACAGCUCUCCCAGCAGCUCAAUGGACUUCUGUCUGAGUCAACAACAUACAUCAAUGGAGAGAGCGGACCACCAACUGUCAGUGAGAAAGACCUGGAGAUUCGCAACCGAGAGCUGGCAGCGGCGCUGGACUCCAGCAUGCUAACAAACACUCAGCUCACAGCUAAACUCGAGACACUGACGAGGCAGACUCAAGAGCUUUCUGAGCAACUACAGAAGGAGCGUAAAGAGUUUGAACACAAGUUUAAUAAGGAACACGGCGCGAUUCGGGAACAGCUACAGGUACACAUUCAAACCAUCGGCAUCCUCGUAUCAGAGAAAUCAGACCUACAGACGGCCCUGUCUUACACACAGCAUGCAGCACGACAGAAAACCGUCGAGGCAGAGGAUCUGAACUCGAGGCUUCAUGCCAGUAAGCAGCGAGUGUCUGAACUCGAGAGAACAUUGUCUACGGUCUCUACUCAACAGAAACACUUUGAGAAGCAUAAUAAAGAACUUGAAAAGGAGAGAGACCGUUUACGAUUAGAAGUCCUCCGAUUUACUAAUUUGAAUGACGAGUCCAGACAGCAGAGCUCUGAACUUUCUGAGCAGCUCAAGCUGAGAGUAAACGAGAAUAACAGCAUGAAACUGGAACUGGAUGAAUUACGCAAGCGUCUGGAGAUGGCUGACGACAUGCUGCAACAGUUCUCCAGUGAGUCUGGUCAUCCAUCAGAGCAUCAGCAGGUUCAACUCCUCCUGGAAGAGAAACACCAGUUAGAGUCUCACACUGCUCAGCUGAUGGAGUCAGUCACUCAGCUGCAGGUAGAGAGAGAUCAGUAUGCCGUACAGAUACAAGAAGAGGGACAAGUGUGGAAAGACAAGACUGAACAACUGCUGUCACAGAUGCGUGUGAUGUCAGAGGAGAGGCACAGCAGUGCAGCUCAGAUUCAAGAGCUGCAGGAGAAAAUCACAGAACUGGAGAACGCUGCGGCUGUGAUGAGGAAAGAGCAGGAAGCUCAGUCAGUGUCACAGAUCUCGGGUCAGUCAGAAACUGAACUGGCCCUUCAGGAAACCAUCAACAACCUUCAACAUGAGAGAGACGCUCUCAGUCUACAGUUCCAAGCACAGGUGCGAGACAAUGAGCAGCUGAGUCGACUGGUUCAGGAACAAGAGACGAGACUGGAGCAACUGGAGAGACAAACUGAGCGCACCGCUGACGACGCUCAAAUUCGACUGCGCAUUUUAGAAGACGCACAAAGCGAUAAAGCCACCAUCAGCCGCGCGCUCGCGCAAAACAGAGACCUUAAAGAUCAGCUGGCCGAACUUCAGAACGGCUUUGUUAAGUUGACCAAUGAGAACAUGGAGUUGGCCAGCGCUCUUCAAUCAGAGCAGCACAUCAAGAAGGAGAUCGCUCAUAAGAUAGGUCAACUGCAGGAAGAUCUGCACAAUGCCAAAGAGCAGCUGCUGGAGAAGUCGCAGGAAGUGAUGUCGGUGCAGGAGCAGAGAGAUCAGUAUCUGGCCCAUCUGCAGCAGUACAUCGCUGGAUAUCAGCAGCUUGUGUCUGAACGAGAGCAUCUGCACAAGCAGUUCCUCCACCAGGUGCAGCUGAUGGACCGAUUGCAGCACGAUGAGGUGCAGGGCAAAGUUCAGCUGGAGCAGAGUCACCUGGAGCUCCAGCAGGCGCAGGAGAAGUUGAAUCAGCUGGCCAGAGACAAUGAAGAGUUGAAGACUGAAGUGCAGGAACUGUUGAACAGCUCCACACCAAAUCCAUCGUUCAGAGAUCAGGGUGAUGGGUUGGAAAGUCAGUCACUCCCAGAGAGCUUCCUGAAAUCUCAGAUUGCCAUUCCAGAAGACUUUGAGAGCAGAGAAGAUAUGGUGCAGUUUGUGCAUUUUGCUCUGUCACGUCUGGAGGAAGAGCGAGAUGAGAUGAGCCGGCAGUUUGAGGAAGAGCGGAGACUUCAUCACGCCGCACGGCAACAGAUGGCGGCCAUGAGCCACGAGCAUCAGCGUCAUCAUCAUCAUCACAACAGUGCACCUGGAGAAACAGGUGCGGCUUCAGCACAAUCACUCACACUCGGGGGCUCUGAUGGCGUUCCAGUGGAAGUUCAUGAGGCUCUGCGUGCUGCUAUGGAGAAGCUUCAGGAGCGUUUCACAGCUGUCAUGCAUGAGAAGGUGGAUCUGAAGGACAGGGUGGAGGAGCUCGAGCAUCGCUGCAUUCAACUUUCUGGAGAAACGGACACUAUCGGUGAAUACAUCGCGCUGUAUCAGAACCAGAGAGCCAUCAUGAAACAGAGACACUUUGAGAAAGAGCAGUACAUCAACAUCCUGGCCAAAGACAAAGAGGAGAUGAAGGUGAAGCUAGCAGAGCUGCAGGACCUGGUGAUGCGUUUGGUGAGCGAGAGAAAUGAGUGGUAUAGCAGGUGCAUGAGUCCCGUCAGUAAUCCAGACCUGCUGCUCACUGGAGAAGACCGUAUUCACCCUGCAGAGCGACUCGAGGAGCUCAACGGGGAGGACAGCCCAGCGAUUCUGGACAUGAGCUCAACGAUUGAUCUUCAGUCUUCAGCACCUCAGUCCAGCACAGAACCUGAGAUGCAGUACCAGAGCCCUGAGAGACCAGGAUCUGGAACAGACCUCUCCGCAGGCUCAUCUCUGAGACCCAAAGAAGACGGCACCGCCCGUCAGAUCAUGCAGCUUCUGCAGGAGAUCCAGAACCCUCAGGCCAGACCCCCUCCCUUCCUGGGAGAAAACCCCUGCAUCCCGUUCUUCUACCGGCCCGAUGAACAUGAUGAAGUGAAGAUCUUGGUGGUCUGAUAAACGUCUGUUCUGUCUCUCCUGUCUUGAAUCUCUCUCUGUCAGUCUAACGGGGCGAAUCAAAAUCUGUUGACCUGAUCUUUCCUGAUUGGGCAAUAUGGACACGGAUAUUAAGGGUGUUUUGGGAUUUUUGUUUUCUAGAGCAUCUCUCUGAUUUCUAGAAUAAAUGAGAGAAAUUCAAUGCUCUCUGGACUUCUGGAGAAAUUUGGCAUUUGGUUUUGGGUGUAAACCAGAUAUUCUAUAAACCAUAUCAGUUCUUGCUGCUCCUGUAUCCUUUGCCUGAUUGACUUUAUUUAUUUCCACUUUAUUAAAAAUUAGGUGCAAUAGGUGAAAAAGCUCCGCAAAGCCAAUGAUCCAUAUAAUUAAUGUUCCAUGAUUCAUAUAUAUUUUGUCCAAACAGUUGGAGUUGAUGCUAAAAGUUAACAGCAAUGGCUAUGGGACAGAAAAACACUUAAAAACACACACUAGGGCUCGAUAAGGAAUAUGAUUGAUUUGAUAGAGCAGGUUUGGAUGAGGGAUGAGAUUCUUUCUCAAGGAAUCAAAUAAUGAAUCGUUUGUUAGCUCGCAAAGCAAGUAGGGCAAAGUAUUGAGAAGGUAGUGUAAUGUAGAAUCACAACUAGGGACUGAAUCUGAGAACUAGGAACUGAAUCAGUACUGCAACCUGAAUCGGAGUACUAGGGACCGAAUCAGGGACUACAGUCCGAAUCGGAGAACUAGGAACCGAAUCGGAGAACUAGGGAGUGAAUCGGAGAACUAGUGACUGAAUCAGAGAACUAGAAACUAAAUCACAGAACUAGUGAUUGAAUCAGAGAACUAGGAACUAAAUCACAGAACUAGACUGAAUCAGAACUAGGAACUAAAUCACAGAAUUUGGGAUUGAAUCAGAGAACUAGGAACUAAAUCACAGAACUUGGGACUGAAUCAGAGAACUAGGAGCUAAAUCACAGAAUUAGGGACUUAAUCAGAGAACUAGGAACUAAAUCACAGAACUAGAGACUGAAUCAGAACUAAGAACUAAAUCCGAGAUCUAGGGACUGAAUCAGAGAACUAGGAAUUAAAUCACAGAACUAGGGACUGAAUUAGAGAAAUGGGGACUGAAUCAGAACUAGCAAAUGAAUCGGAGAACUAUGGACUGAAUCAGAACUAGGAAAUAAAAUAUAUCCUAGGGACUGAAUCAGAGAACUAGGAACUAAAUCACAGAACUAGGGACUGAAUUAGAGAAAUCGGGACUGAAUCAGAACUAGGAACCUAAAUCACAGAACUAGACCGAAUCAGAACUAGGAACUAAAUCACAGAACUAGGCAUCUGAAUCAGAGAACUAGGGACUGAAUCAGAGAACUAGGGACUGAAUCAGAGAACUAGGGACUGAAUCAGAGAACUAGGCAUCUGAAUCAGAGAACUAGGGACUGAAUCGGAGAACUAGGGACUGAAUCGGAGAACUAGCGACUGAAUCGGAGAACUAGGGAUUGAAUCAGAACUACAAACUAAAUCUGAACUAGAACAUUUUACAGAUUUAUGAAUCAUUUGGUUUGUGCUGUUUAGAAUUGUUUGAACAGGAAACGUAAGAAUUGUAAUAUCCAGUUUAUUGUUGUUUUUCUAAUAUGAACCGAGGGUUUGGAACAAAUGAAUCUGUUUUUGAAAUGUUUUAUGAACACAGACACAAGCACCAUGUGUUAGUCCAGUACGCAUGACCCAUCAAACCAAACCCUUUGGGAUGUUUGAGUGUUUAUAGAGAUGAUGUUUGAGGCUAACUCUAUGAUGCUAGCUGUGUGUCGGCUGAGAGAACGAGUGUCGAUGUGUAGAACAGUGAAGACUAGUGAACGAUGAUGUUAAGCGAUUGAUCGACUGUUUAAGUGCACAAGUUUAUGAAAGUUGUAUAUGUUAUAGAAAUAUCAGAGUUGGUAAUGAUUCCUUUUACAUGAGCAAGACUUAAAGAGUGACUCCAUCCCCAAACAUCCUUUAUUAGAGUGAAAACGGCCCUAAGAUACUUUCAAGAGGAUUAUGGGUGUUUACAAUCACUGCUCAAAUGGUUUGGGGAUUAUUGUUUAUGUAAUGCAUUAUAAAGCAUGUUAUACACCUUAUCAGUUGUGAUUUUAUAAGUGUAACCACAAUUAUAAUGCAUUAGAAUAUUUUCCCCUUCAUGGCUAUAUCUCAGAAUAUAAAGCAUUAUAGCACAUGACAUUAGGUGCUGAUUAAUUAUGUAUUCUAAAUGUAACUGAAUAAUUAAGUAGGUGGUUAUAAUUAUUUACACUCUGAUUUUGUGUGUAAUAUAUGUAUUAAUUAUAGGUUUAUAAUGUGUUAUACUUACACACUUCAUAGUGUGUGUUUAUUGUUUAUAUUCACCUGAAGAAUUUCAGAGUUCAGAAAACUGAAUAAAUCAUAUGAUCAUAUAUAUAUAUAUAUGGUUUAACUGGAACACAUGUUGGACGAGGAGAAUUAUAAAGG